AUGUCAACGAUCGGAGAAUCUUCGUUAAACCCAAAUAAAAGUCUUGAAGAUUGUGAAGACGUGGAUAAUAUAAGUCAAUUGCCUGAUGAAUUGCUAUUGAAGGUACUAUUGUUUCUCCCAACAAAAGUUGCUGUAAGCACAAGUAUAUUAUCCAAGCGAUGGGAGUUUCUUUGGAUGUGGCUGCCUAAGCUUGAGUACAGUUCUAGGGAUUACUCAGAGGAUGAAUGCGCGAGGUUACAGAUACAGUACGAUUCCUCAUUCUAUGACGUAGCAAGGUUACGGGACUUUAUUGAUUGUAAUCUGCCAUUACAUAGAGCUCCCGUCAUAGAAAGCUUUCGUCUCAAAUUGCUCAAUCGACCGUAUCAAGUUAAUAAUGUAAUAAUCUCUAUGUGGGUUUUAAUUGUUGUCUCCCGCUGCGUCCGCGAGUUAAACCUCAACAUUUCUUGUACGCGCUAUCCUACUGGCUUGCCGACCAGUUUGUAUACAUGUAAAUCGCUUGUGAUCUUGAAACUGAAAGACAUGGUUCACAUGGGUUAUGUUCCUCGUACGGCUUCACUCCCGUCCUUAAAAACUUUGUCCCUUCGACGUGUGUCUUACUCAGGUGACAUGUCCCUUCCCAAACUUCUUUCCAUUUGCCCAGUUCUCGAGAAUCUAUAUCUGGAACGAGGUGAUAAUUUUGAGGAUGUUAGCACAUUUAGAGUAAUUGUCCCGUCCAUGCUGAGACUAACCCUAAAGAUAACAAGACGUUCUGGUUUUGAGGAGCUUGUGAUAGACACUCCUUCUUUGAAGUAUUUCAAAGUUACGGAUUAUAAAGGAAUUUAUGUACUUGAUUUUGAAAAAGAUAGCUACUCCUUCGACUUUAAAGAUAUGCCUAACUUGGAGGAGGCGUAUAUUGAUUCGACAUACCCCGAUAUCGAAAAGUUUGUUAGAUCAAUCACAUUCGUCAAGCGGCUUUCAUUAUGCAUACCAGUCAAUGCUGAAGAGGCGUUGUAUCGUGAAGGUAUUGUCUUUAACCAGCUAAAACAUCUGAAGAUAUGUCCAUGCGAUCCAAAUUGGUCGAAACUACUUGUUCGGUUACUUACAGAUUCUCCUAAUUUACAAGAGCUAGAGGUCUAUAUAAGUGAUGACCAUAAAGAGAGUAAUUUGGAUCCACUGCUUCGCUGGGAUAAUGAACAGAAUUGUGUUCCUGAAUGCUUGUUAUCGAGUCUUGAAACUUUCAAGUGGACAGGGAUACAAGGAUCACGAAAAGUGAUAGAUUUGGCAAAAUAUAUCUUGAGAACUGCUCGUUGCUUAAAGGCUGCGACAAUCAGGUUCCGGUCUGCUCUAGAGACUGAAGAUGAACGUGAGAUGGUGAUCCAGGAGUUGUUACUUUGUUUUCGAGGUUUGACAACAACUCAUACUACUUUGAUGUUUUCAUUUAUAUGAACCGUACGUGAUGAUCACCUCAAUGCCGCCAGUGUUGAUAGUUUGGAAGUUGCUUCCCAAUUUUUAGAUCUUGGCUUCGACAAAGCUAUUGUUAUGACUAAUAAUUAUGUGAUCAAAUAUGUAACUCUUGAAGAACAAUCAUUAUCUUUCAACAGUGCCUAAACUAUUAUCAUUUUCUACUGUUUCAUUGUGGUUCCCAACGUAUAAUACUAACAAAACAAGA